ACUAGCGGCGGCCUACCCGGGCCCAGCAGCGGCGGCUCCGCUUUUGAGUUUGUCGCUGCCGGGCCCGGGCGGGUGAAGCCGCUACUCCAUGGGGAGGCCGGGUAGCCCCCCGCAGACCGAGACCCGCUGCCCACUAUGGGCGCUCCCGGAAGAACUGCUGUUGCUCAUCUGCUCGUACCUGGACGCGCGGGCCUUGGGCCGCCUGGGCCAAACCUGCCGCCGCUUAUGCCGCUUCACUUCCCGAGAUGUACUGUGGAGGCGCCUCGCCCGUUCCUGCCUCAACGCAGGCUUCAGCGCUCUCGGCGUCGACCUAGUGACUGGUGUUCCAGUGAAGGAGAGGGUUAAGGUUUCUCAGAACUGGAGACAUGGGCGCUGUCGAAGAAUCUCACUUCUCAGAUGGAAACGCAAUUUAUUGCCCUGGAUGCAGCUUGAUGGUGACUAUCUCUACCUAUCUCAGGCAGAAGACAUUCAGGUUUAUUGGCUCCAUCACAAUGGCACCAGCUUGCAACGCUUUCCUCAGGCAGUCUUCUCUGGCCACCAAGAGGAUGUGUGCCGCUUUGUGCUUGCUAAUGGCCAUAUUGUCAGUGGAGGAGGAGAUGGUAAUAUUAUCAUUCAUACACUGAAUGGAUCAUUCAGCUUCAAGUUCUUGGGGCAUGAACAGGAAGUGAACUGUGUAGACUCCCAAGGUGGCAUAAUUGUGAGUGGUUCCCGGGACAGAACAGCAAAGGUUUGGUCCCUGUCACCAGGCAGAGCUGGGCAAUGCCUUCACACAGUACAGACUGAAGACCGAGUUUGGUCCAUUGCCAUUAGUCCUUUAUCGAGUUCAUUUGUGACAGGAACAGCAUGCUGUGGACAUACUUCACCUUUGAGAAUCUGGGACUUGGGAAGUGGACAGCUGGUCACCUGCCUUGGAACAGACUUCCACCGAGGAGCUGGAGUUUUGGAUGUUUUCUAUGAAACACCUUCCACUUUGCUGUCUUGUGGGUAUGAUACUUACAUCCGCUACUGGGACUUAAGGACAAGCACAAGGGAAUGUGUGAAGAAAUGGGAAGAACCACAUGACAGUGCCCUGUACUGCAUUCGAAGCAAUGGAAAUCACAUGAUUGCUAGUGGCUCUUCUUACUAUGGUGUGGUCCGUCUUUGGGAUAAACGGCAAACUAGAUGCUUGCAGAGCUUCUUCCUGUCCUCACCCAUCAGCAGCCCUGUGUAUUGCCUGCGUUUUAGUACCACCCAUCUUUAUGCCACCCUAGCAUCUGCACUGUAUGCCCUUGAUUUCACCACCUCCUGACAGAUUGAACUUCAAGCAAAAUACCCAGCUCAGGGAGAACCAAGAAGAAAUCGUGUCCUUGAGGCAACAAGUCUGGAAGUCACUCUAAGGACUAAGGAGGACCUCAUGCAGAAGAGUUCACCUGCCUUCUGAUAUUAAUAGAAGGAAAUAUGUCCUUCAAACUCUUUUAUCUUGCACAUUUUGGGGCUUGAUGUUGCCUUUUCUAUUUCUGUGAAGGCAUUCUUCAGUAAUCCUGAGUCUGUGUGCAUUUGGGUGGGUGUGGGAGGGCAUCAGCAUAGAUCUCGUUUUGACCUCUACAAGUUGCAGGUCCAACUGUACUUACAUGAGUUGAAAUUAGUUUAGGCAGAAGUGACUGUACUCUAAGCGGUGAAGUGGAGAAAUAGCUUUUUACUCCUGCUUUACUGACACUCAUCACUGCCUAUUUAAUGAAUCACUGCCUCUUAUAGCACUGGGCUUUACGGGCUUUAGCUGGCUUUAUGUAAAUUGUACCAAAUCUACUACUGCCAUCCAGCAGCAUACAAAGAGUGAUUUAUUAGAGUAGUGCUCUCAGGUCAAUGUGCUGAAUAAAUUGUCAAAGUGGAAUGCAAGAAAUCUGUGAUAAGGGGUUUCUUUGAUUUGAAAUGCAAUUACUGACUAUUGGCAGUAUAUCUGAAUAGAUGCCUAUGAACAAAUACCAUGAUGUACUUGCCAAUAAAUCAGCUAUUCCAUCUACAAAUGUGACAUUCUAGCAACCAUUGAGAUAUAUGGUUUAUAUGAGCUGGAAAAAUAUACUUAUGACAUACAGUACAAGCUGAGCAUGGUAUUCACUACCUAAAAGUAGCCUUAAAGUAACUAAUUGAUGAUUUCUCUUCCUAAUAUUCUCUGUAACAUCCAUUCCCAGAUAUUUCUAAGGAAAGGUGUGACAGCACAGGGCACUGGCUAAGUAUCUUAACAUGUUAGCCAUUACCACCAAGCACUUGUAUUUGUGAUGGAUUCCCAAAGCAUUCUACUAACCAGCUCUUGCCUUUCAUAAACAUAGUUAUUUUUAAGUCAUUACUCACUCUAAUAGCAAACACAACUGGUGAGUAUUAACAGCAUUAUAGCAAAACUUGGCAGGGGGAGGUAUCACCAUACUCAGGAGAUCCCAAAGUUUGCAGAACUACAAAGAAAAUAUUAGGGCAAAAACUAUAGGGCAAAAACUUCCCAGAAACUUAAUAGCUGCAGAACAUUGGAUCUUUCUGGGGAAGAAAGUGCUAAAAAUGUUGGGGUUGAGGAAUGGAAUAGACAAUAGGAUCUUAGAAGACAGUGUGGCUCACUGACACCCAGAAAAGCAGCAUUCUAAAUUGUAAAAUUAUCUGGAUUAUUCCAUUUGAAAUUAUGUAUAGCAGUGAGUUGCAUGCAAAGUAAGAAAAAGCUAUGCUAACUGGAAAGCACCAAGAUAUAUAAAACUUGAUUUUUGGACACUGUAGUGUCCAGCGGUUUAAAGGCAGGCAUGCAAGUUUUUCUUGUUCACAUCUAGCCUGUGUUUUGGGUAUGUCCAUAUUUCUUCAAUACUCCUAGCUGCUACAUGCAUAUGAAGUGGUGUAGUUGAAAUGGGGGGAUCAUGUUUUUAGUCAAAUGAUAGAACAGGUACAUAGUUAGAAGGACUGGAUAUUCUUUGAUGUCUGUGGGAUUGAAAAAAAGUAAUAAAGAAAAUAUGUUUUAUAACCUAAGGCAA